AUGGAUAUUUUGCAGGAACUCCCUGAACAAAUCUUUCGAGACAUCUUACUAAGAGUACCAUACAAAUCCCAGUCAAAGAUUAAGCAGUUGUUGAAACCUGCCAAAGAAAUUAUGGAAAGUUCCCGAUUUUAUCAAGAUAGAAUUAAGUUUGGCCUAGCUGAGAAAUAUAUAUGUGUGCUCCACUCUAAUGAGAUAUCUAUUUACCAUCCCGUUGAUCAAUCAUUCAAACUGCUCUCUCGUAUUCCCUCUAUAGCCGAUGGCCGUUGUACUGAGAUUAUAAAUGUGAAUCAUAAGAUUGUUGUGCUGGGCUUUGAAUAUCAUAUUACUCCAUUCUUUGUGAUAUAUGAUUUAUUAUCUUGUACAUCGAAGUAUGGUGCUGAAUUUCCCACCCCCAAACCUCACGGCGAUUCAUUUGCAUGGUGUGCCUCUCCUGAUGGAUCGAUUUACAUUGCAGGAGGAAAGGAAGGCUAUAUAAAUAAUAAACUCCGUGAAGCAGCAGUUUAUAAAGUAGAUGAAGACAAAUGGGAGCUUCUUCCUGAGAUGAACCAAGAGAUGUACCCCUGUAGGGGUGUUUUUAUCGAAGGAAUGUUUUAUGUCAUUGGUUAUAAUGGAUGUCAAAGAUUUGAUCCCACAACAAGAGUAUGGACAACAAUAAUAAAUAUGUCUAUGCCUCCUUCACGUUCCUUUGUUCUUAAUGCGUUUGGACAACUAGUUGUGUAUGGAACUGCUGGAAUAAGGCAAUAUGAUUGGGAAGGAAAUGUAUGGAGAGAAUUGGAACGUUUCCCUCAACACAUUUUCCGACAUGUUUGUGCCACAGUGUGGCGUGAUCGAAUUUUGUUUUGCGGACGUCCAAAAUUUCGUAUGUAUAAACCUGGAGCAUCUCCAUCUGAGAGGUGGAUUUCUGUUGACGAACCGAGCAUUUUUGACAAAAUACUUGUUGACUUUGUUGCUACAAUAGAGAUCUAA